AUGCAUGCAUGGAAGAAUAUUCCGAUGGACGCAGAGGCCAAUUUUUCACCAAUGGAGACAGUUCAUGGUUCAACUAUACCAACCAAGUUGACCAUUGUACAUUCCACUGGAGUGUUUUUGCACAACGUUGUCUGGUGCAGCUGUCCUGGGGUCGAUUCCAGUACCACUCGACCACAGACUGCCUUUACUUUUGAUGUCCUCAAUCAUUUUCUAAUUGAUGCACUGGAGUGCAAGACUUCAGCAUCCAGCUUCUUUGAAAAAAUCCGUCGAAUGACCAAUAACUGUUUCCCAGAUACUGUUCCUAAUCGAUAUCGAGAACUUAUGAGAGUGUCUCGACUGUGGAGAGACUUGAUGAGUCGAAAAUGGUUUGGCUUUGCCCAUAAUGAUGAGCAGAAACCGGACAAGGGUGAUCUGGCUUGUUGGCUUGUUUCACAAAGAUAUGUGGUAGACGGGAACUUCACUGCUCAACAUAUGGUAAUGAGAAAACCACAGUUGGACAUUAGUUUGUCAGACGGGCUUGGGUAUAUGGUGAAAGAUCAAGAAUACCAGACUCAUCUGUCAUCGGCUGUAGAAAGUAAAGAGCGGUCUUCUUGCAGCAAUCAUCGUGCAGUAAAUGCAGCCAAUAUCAGCAGGAGCAAUCUUCGAGCUACAGGUGUAGGAGCAACUGCUUGUGCUCGACAUGGAUGCUUUGUUCCUCAUAGUAUAGUUGAUUUUCAGAAGGGCGAAAGACACAUGAAUAUCGACUACUCAAUAUGCAAUGCAUUGAAUUAUCAUUCAGCUGGUAUAGACUCUUCCCUCAUCAUUUAUGAUGUGGGGUGUCAGUGGAGCAUUAAUUUUCUACAGAGAGUAGCCCAGAGCAAGGGCUUGUCUGUACCUGAAAAUAUGCACAUCGUUCCAGCAGUUGGAAAAUUCCAUCUUAGCGCUCACAAAUUAGCUUGCUUUGCAAGGUACAGCCUCAACUUUAUUCAAGGGGCUGGACAUGUUGAUGGGGAGAUUUUGGAGACUCUGUGGGCACCAUUCAAUAAGAUCUCCCCAACUGCUCGGUCAAUGAGUCAGGCUCACCGUCAAGAAGUUCUUGAUGAUCAUAUGCGAGACUCAAACUGGAAAAAAAUAGUGGGAAUAAUGAAGACUCUCUUGAAAAAGUACAAACGGGCUCUCAAAGGUGUUGAUGACACAAAGUCUCCCUUUGACGAGCUCACUCUGUCUCUGGACCCUGAGAAGAUUUCGAUAUGGAAGAUCGAUGAGAAAAAGGCCAUGGAACAACGUGGAGAGUAUCUUGACAUCUAUCAGUUGCAGAUGAACAAAGCUCCAACUAUGGCAGAGAUUAGACUCAAAUUAACUGAGUCUGAGAAUACCGACACUAGCAAACCUGGGACAGUCUCUUGGCUCAUUACUGGCAUCAAUCUGGAGGAUUUACAGGAUGGACUAAGGGCAGAUAUUCGACAACUUCCUACUGAUGCAACCCCAGGACAGAAAGUUUCUAUAGAAGAGAAGCGACAGAGAUUGACAGCUAGGAUAGCUAAAUUUCAUGAAACAGCUGAUGCCAUGACUGCUGGUAUGGAUCUUGGAACUGCAACAGUGCAUUCCGACGAUCCUAGAUUCUGCUAUGCAGGUCAUGAUGAAAAUGGUUGGGGAGAGGUCUCAGAUGAAGAGAUCUCAGAGUAUAUUGACGAAGAAAUCUUGGCUGAAGAGAUGGGUAUCUGGAUGCCAUCAUCAGUGCCCUACCAGGAUGCAUUGGCUCUCGGACUGGGUCCCCUCCAAGCUGAAGAAUUAGAACUUCGAAAGGGCCAAGCCAAUGACUGCCUCGAAAAGCUUCGAAUGGCCCUUGGUCAUAAGGCCAUCAUCUAUCGUCAAAUCAAGAAGCUCAACGCUGUCAGCUCAAAAUUGACAACAAUGGAAGGUCUAGGCAUGGACAAAGCCACCUUGGGGAGUCUUUAUCAGCCAAUAUCGCCUACAGAGCUCAGUAUAGACAAAGAGGUGACAGAAGAAAAUAGAUUUGGACAAGGGUCAGACAGGCUGGCUUGGUUUUGGAGGGGAAAUAAUGCAAGCCAAGGUCAAGACGAUGCCUGGAUAGAUGAAUCUCCAACCGAUCUAGUCUACAGGGUGAACUGGUUGAAGGCUAAGGCUAGAUGGAAUAGAUGGCAAGAGGAAUUAAGGCUGGUAAGACAUGAAAUGGGUUGGACCAUAAACUGGUUCAAGUACCACCAGAAUGAAUGGGAGAGAAGGGGUGGCCAAGCCACCAGACCUGGUCAUCAAGCCUAUGCUUAUCAGCAGGUCUUGAUGUGGGGAAGAUUUGUUGAGGAGGCAGAGAAAAAUUUCAAUGGAUGUAGCUUAGCUAGCACUAGCUCCACUCUAUGUAGUCCACAGCUGGCCGAGAUAAUUGUAUUUAAGAUAUGGACUGGCCAGAUGGUUCCUACAGCAUUCCAUGUAAUUCUGAUACCAAUAACUGACAGAAUCAAGUCGGCCGAAUUAAACCGGCCGGGAUGCAAUGUUGGAAUUGAAAACCAGCCAGUCUUGAUUCUACUGUUGUAA